GGCAGUCCGACAGUCAUGCCAGGCACGAAGGCGCACUAUGCAGAGGACCCGAACCGCCCGGGUGAAAGGGGUUCGCCUGGCCUUGGAGGACUUCCCUACAAAACUCGUUCCUUGCUCGUCUCCUUCUUGGGCGAGUUGGUCGGCACAUUCCUCUUCUUGUUCUUUGCCUUUGCCGGAACCCAGGUUGCAAACAAUCUACGAAACCUUACCGGCCCCCGGCACAUGGACAUUGCAUCUUUGCUCUACAUAUCCCUGGCCUUUGGCUUCUCUCUAGCAGUCAAUGUUUGGGUCUUCUUCCGCAUCAGCGGAGGUCUGUUCAAUCCUGCUGUUACCAUUGCCUUGACCCUGGUCGGAGCACUUGGCUGGAUCAAGGCCUUGUUGCUCAUAGUCGCACAGUUGAUUGGUGCCAUCAUCGCUGCCGCUAUCGUCUCGGGCCUCCUCCCUGGACCUUUGGCUGUCAACACGACUCUCAGCCGCGAGACGUCAGUCACAAGAGGCCUGUUUAUCGAAAUGUUCCUCACCUUCAUGCUGCUUCUUACCAUCUUCAUGCUGGCUGCAGAGAAGCACAGGGCGACAUUUGUAGCUCCAAUUGUCAUUGGACUUGCGCUUUUCAUUUCCGAGCUGGCUGGUGUGUACUUCACGGGAGGCUCGUUGAACCCUGCUCGUUCUUUUGGACCUGCCGUCAUCACGGGUGUGUGGCCUGGCCAUCACUGGAUCUACUGGCUUGGACCUCUACUCGGCGCCUUGUUGGCUGUGUUCUUUUACAAGUUGAUGAAGAUGCUCGACUAUGCGACUGCGAAUCCGGGGGCAGACAGUGAUGGUAUCGAGGCACACCGCAGCCGUGGUGUGGAUAGAAGCCCAACGCGUUACGAAACUGCUCACACCACUCGCCAUGCAAUGGAUGGAACAGACGAGCAAGAUGCCACGACGCGAGCGCAGACUAGCCCCCGAUAUCCCACCGCUACUCACAGUCAGGCGAUGCCAUCGUGCACAUGGCCCCCAACACCGGCUCCAGCAUACAGGAAUGCGCUAGAUGGCCAUUAUUCGGAGACUGUCGACCAUCCCAACGACCGUCCGCGUGCGCAUUACCACCACAGCUCCCCACGACACGAGACGGCGUCGGACUUAAGCUACUGUAGCGGCCCAAGUGCAGAGUCUGGUAGCUUGGAAUCGUAGACCGGCUCAUCAGCUAGCUCUAGUUCACCAUCUCGCCGUUCGCCUAGCGCAUGGGACGAGAAGUCGUCGAAGAAGGGGAGCAUGCUUGACGGCGUGGUGUACUGGCCCUGUUGCUACCUGCCAUAUUUUAUAUUGCAGUCUUGCUUUUGUCCCCACCAGUAGAUGGGCACUGGCGGGUACACAUGCGUUGGCCUAGUGGACAGGGCAGGACAGGACAUGGCAGCGCAGCUUCAUUGCCGUGCCCUCAGAGUGAAACAAUGUGAUCGGUUGUUCUUCAGUGGAUGUGCAUGUUUUAUUUAACCGUUGUGUAUUGUGCGAUGCCCUUGGACGACGCCAGAAC